AUGGGAGGAAAGGGUUGGUUUUUGCUCAAGCUUCUAAUGUUUCAAGGUCUUUUCACUUCACGUCUUCAAGAUCCAGGCUUUGACUUCUUCUACUUUGUUCUUCAGUGGCCAGGAGCCUAUUGUGAUACAAACCGUGCUUGUUGCUAUCCAACAACCGGUAAACCUGCCGCAGAUUUUGGCAUCCACGGGCUGUGGCCUAAUUACAACGAUGGUUCAUAUCCAUCAAACUGCGAUCCCGACAGUGAAUUUGAUCCAUCUAAGAUAUCGGAUCUGGUAAGUACUUUGCAAACGAAGUGGCCAACACUAGCAUGUCCGAGCAACGAGGGGUUCAAGUUUUGGGAACACGAGUGGGAAAAACACGGCACGUGUUCCGAAUCCGUAAUGGAUCAACGUGAAUACUUUGAGCAUACUCUUGAACUCAGAGACAAAAUCAAUCUUCUUCAAAUCCUUACGGACGCUGGAAUUGAACCAAAUGACGAAUUCUAUAAACUUGAAGACAUUAAAAAGGCGAUAGAAGAAGCAACUGGGUUUACUCCAGUAAUCAACUGUAACAAAGAUCCAGAGAAAAACAGCCAACUUGACGAGAUCUUCUUUUGCGUUGAUACAUCAGGAACUGAGUUUAUCGAAUGUCCAGUCUUGCCGAGAGAUAGAUGUCCUUCUCGUCUCCAGUUUGCUAAGUUUUAAUAGUCUUUUUCUUUUGAGUGUUUUGUUAUAAACUUUAUAAUUGCUCUCUCUAUUUCAACAUACUACUCCAAAGUUUAUGUGGACUCUAAAAUGUGAUGUUUUUAUACGUUACUAAAUUUAUCUAAAGAAUAAUGAGAUAAGCUUUGGUGUGAUAACGGCAUGUAUUAG